AUGCUGCCACUUGUUCUUUUUUUUUACUUCCUUCGCCUGACAUUUUACUUUCCUCUGUCGGUAUAUGCAAAUAAUGGUGAUGAUAACGGCAGUGAUGAUGACGACGACGACGAUGAAAUCAAUGAAGGCCUUAUAUAUCCCGAAUAUAAACCAAGUACAAAGUUGGGAACUUGGGGGCUCCAAUUCAUGGCAAUGAUCUGCGUCGUGAAACCGGAAUUUCGCCGCAGAAACGAUGUAUUUGAAAGAUUAGACGAAGCCUUUAUGACAGGAGACCUUGCCCGACUUAUUUUACUACCGCCUCGAGAGAAGGCUAUCUACAAAGUUCAAAGCGACAAUUUGGGGGUUCUGCUAUAUACCGCCACUGUACCACUAAAUUACGAAUACUUUCAUACCCUUCACUACCUCGAUAUCAUCGACGAGACCGCGAAGAUAUUGGGCUUGAACGUUGUUAACAAUCACGUUCUUGAAAUUGUCAAGGAAAUGAAAAUGUUUUUUGAGGGGACUGAUGACGUGUCUGAUAAGUCUAAAAAGUAUCCUUUCAGCUUCUGCAGCGCGAGCGAGCCUGUAUUUCCCAAUGAUAUUGACGGAGAAUCGCAAAAGUAUUGGAGCCAUCCCAGCUUACCAAAGAGAGAUCUGAGUUUUUGGAAGAUACCCGAAGAAGAAGAAAUUCCAGAAACAGAUAUUGCAGUCACAAGAAAUGCGAUGGCAGAACUCCCUUAUUUAUCUUGGCCAUUUUCUCGAGAUAUCCGAAGCAAAUUGAGCCGGCAAAUGAAGGAAUCAUAUUAUCAUUACAAAGAACCAGGAAAAGGAGUAGUAGUCUACCUAUUAGACACUGGAGUAGACCCAAGCCACCCUGAUCUGCAAAGCGCAAAGUUCUCAGAUUGGAUUAGCUCCGGCCCGUUUCAUAUGGAACCUUGGACAGACAACGUAGAUAAUAAUUUUUCUAAUCAACCCCACGGCACCCUAAUGGCGGGCAAGAUAGUCGGAAAACUUGCAGGUGUUGCUCAAUCCGCCGAGAUUGUAGCCAUAUCCUGUUCACAAAGCUAUGGACUUAAUUCGGAAAUAUCAGGGUUUGAUUGCCUUUUGAAAGCUUACGAUCACAUCAAACGAUAUAAUAGCGGAAAACCCUGUAUUAUAAAUUUCUCACGCGGCAUAUUGGACACAGACGUUCGUGGAUCACACGAAAACCAUCGUAACCAACGCGCCCUGGAGCUGGACCGAGUAUUUGAAUACAUACAAUAUAAGUUCGAGAAUCUGAAGAACGUUAUUUUCGUUGCGGCUGCUGGGAAUGAAGAUCCAGUAAGUUUUUUUACCUAA